UUGAUAAUCUCACCCCGCUCACCUCUCUCUCUCUCUCUCUCUCAAGGGUAUGAAGCUCACCGGGCCCCCGACGCGGCGGCGGAGGCGGCGCCGCCUCCCUCUCACCCUAUUCCUCAUCCUCCUCCUCCUCGUCAGCGCCGCCUCCCUCGCGCUCCUCCUCCUCCUCCGGAUCUCCGGCGAUGCCUCAGGCGACGCCGCCGAGAAGCCGAUCGACCGCGCCGAGCCCCGGCUCACCCGCCGAUACGAUCUCUCCGCAGCUCCAAAGGUGGCGGAGGAGGAGGAGGGAGAGGACGACGAUGGCGGCGGAGGAGCAGGAGAGGAGGCGGAGGAGGAGGUGAAGGAGGAGGAGGAGGGAGGGGGAGGGAGGCGAUCGUGCGCGACCGUGGAGGAGAUGGGGGAGGCGUUCGCAGGGGGAUCAGAGAAGGAGAGCUUGCGGAUCAGGGAGCUCAUCAGGCGCCACUUCGAUCUCCACGGAACUGCCAGAGUUCGAGAGCUUCCACCUCACCAGUUUUGCAAACAAGGCUUUGUGAUAGGGAAAGCAUCAGAAGCGGGAUUUGGAAAUGAAAUGUACAAGAUUUUAUCGGCAGCAGCCUUGAGUGUUAUUUUAAAUCGGUCCUUAAUCAUCGGCCAAACCAGGGGAUUAUAUCCUUUCGGGGAGUACAUUUCAUACAGCAACCUGUCAUUUACCCUGAGUGAAGUCAAGCAUUUAUGGAGAAAGAAUGACUGUGCUGGUAAGUUUGGCAGAAAUUUGAAAAUGAGAGUGGACAAUUUUGAAAAUCCAGCGAAAACCAAUGUUCUCUGCAGUGAUUGGAAUUCUUGGAAGCAGCCCAUCAUCUGGUUCCAAGGUACAACAGAUGCAGUUGGAAUCCAGUUUUUUUUGAAAAAUAUCAAUCCUGGAAUGAGGAAUUCAGCUUCAAUUCUUUUUGGACCGCCGGACUCUCUCCAAUCAAGACCUAAUGUGUUUGGCGAGCUGAUGCGGGCUAUCAUAUCUCCUUCUCAAGCAAUAAAAGAAGCUGUUGAUUGGGUUUUAAAUGGUGCAGAUCCAGACAUCUCGUUGCACAUGCGCAUGCUAACCAACAGGUCCAUACGGGCGAUAAAAGCAGCCGUUCAGUGCAUUAAGAGAGCUCUAAAUAGUAUUCAACAUCCUAGUACAAGACCUCAGAUUGUUCUGGUUUCAGAUACACCUUCAUUUAUUAAGGAGAUCACACCAUUCCUUACUGAAUUUGCAGAGGUGCUUCAUUUUGAUUACAAGGUAUUUGAAGGGAAUAUUUCUCUUGGGAGAAUAAGUAGCCAAAACCAGCCCUUGGAUUUUAGAGUGAAGGACUGGGGACCAGCACCAAGAUGGGUCGCUUUCGUGGAUUUCUUCUUGGCAUCGCGUGCCAAGCAUGCUGUCGUUUCUGGAGCCCAUCGCCGCGUGGGAACAACCUACGCCCAACUUACCGCCGCACUGGCUGCAGCCAAUCGGCAUGGUGAAGAACACCCUUCUGUCUCCAGCGUCACCUUCCUCAGCAGCUUCCAGAGCAACCUCUUGACCGAUGGUUUGGCGAACCAGAUUGGGUGGGGUCACAUCUGGAACCGAUUUGCCGGACCGCUGAGCUGCCGCCGCCAGCCACACCAAUGCGCGCUCACGCCGCUUCUCCCCCCUGCAUGGUGGGACGCGAAGUGGCAGAGCCCAAUCCCACGUGACGUGCGGAGGUUAAUGGCUUACGGCGUGCGGCUUACAGAGACCGGCGAUGUCGUCGAGAGCACCCUUCGGGAUUUUUGUAGAUCGAGGAAAGAACAUGUAAAAACGCUUCAUAUUUUAGGGCAAUGCACGGGCUCGAAGUGUUCGUGAAGCGCGACGAUUUGUUCAAACAGAAACCAUUUAUAAUCAUACUCAAUUUUGCUCUAUUUUUCUCUGAAA